CAUCAUUUCCUGUCGAUGGUACUGCUUCCGGGUCUCGGUCAGCUGGCGCUUGUGUCUAGGUGACAUCUUGGCGAGCCCUUUGAAGCUGCCCUCUUUUCCCUCCCCGUUUCCCGCGUUGUCCUCCGUGCCUGUGUCUUUGGGGUCCUCUCCUGGUCUGUAUCCCGGGUCUUGCUCCCCGCGUUGCCGCCUCCUUCGUGAGGAACUAUGAAUGGGAGGGCAGAUUUUCGGGAGCCGAAUGCACAAGUGUCAAGACCAAUUCCCGACAUAGGGGGCGGCUACAUUCCAACAGAAGAGGAGUGGAGGCUCUUUGCAGAGUGUCAUGAAGAGUGCUUCUGGUUCAGAUCUGUGCCAUUGGCUGCUACAAGUAUGUUGAUUACUCAAGGAUUAAUCAGUAAAGGAAUACUGUCGAGUCAUCCAAAAUAUGGUUCCAUUCCUAAACUUAUAUUUGCUUGUAUCGUGGGAUACUUUGCUGGAAAGCUUUCUUACGUGAAAACUUGCCAAGAAAAGUUCAAGAAGCUUGAAAAUUCUCCCCUUGGAGAAGCACUGCGGUCAGGCGAGUUGCGGCGCUCUUUGCCACCUGGGCACUAUACUCAGAAGCCUAAAUAUGACUCAAAUGUGAGUGGUCAGUCCUCCAUUGGGACAUCUCCAGCAGCAGACAACAUAGAAAAGGAGACGCUUCCUCGUUACGAGCCAAUUCCAUUUAGUGCUUCUAUGAAUGAGUCCACUCCCACUGGUAUUACUGACCAUAUUGCCCAAGGACCUGAUCCCAACCUUGAAGACAGUCCCAAAAGGAAAAGUGUUACAUAUGAGGAGUUAAGGAGUAAGAACAGAGAGUCAUAUGGAGUAACCCUGUCACACAAGACUGACCCCUCAGUCAGGCCUAUGCAGGAAAGAGGGCCCAAAAAAGAAGUCAAAGUAAACAAAUAUGGAGAUACUUGGGACGAGUGAAAGACUCCACCAUUGGACCUACUGAAGGCCUUCCAUAUCCAGCUUCAUCAGGUGGUCGUGUGUCCUACAUGCUUGGACUCAGCAGCAGAUUUCAUAAAUACAUUUAAAACGAAAUCCUGGUUUGUGUGAUUUAACAAUGCUUUACGGACUCAGAUUUUAAUGUUUACUAUGGUGUAGAUGUACCGACCUGGUCGCUGAGAAUGGUGAUACUCUGCCAUAGUUGCGUGCACUCGGUGAAAUUGUUUCUGCUACAGGAGACAGACUCAUGAAACUCGACUGUGACUCUUGAUCAGCCCAUGUGACGAUAGCUGCAUGCUGAAGGGGGGUGGGGGGAGCGAGCACACGCCCAGGGUUCCGCUUCGCAUCAGUUAUUAAAAGGCCUUUCUCCAGCAUUUACUCGAGCAUCUUAGUGUCUGUGGUGAAUAAAGUGUACACCCAGUGACUGUCA